UGUGGGAUGAGGGAAAAGGCUGAUGCCUGGUACUGUCCUCUCUGGUUUAGCGGCUGUCCUUAUCUGUAGUGAAGGAUUCCCCAUCUCUCUGGUGGGGACUUGGAUGUUGUUUGCUUGCUUUCAGGCUGCUUCUUCAAAUGUGUUGGACCUGAAGGUCCUUGUCUGUCUUUGGAGUCUUUUGCCUGGAAGCAGUGCCCUGGCAGAGGCAUCAUGCAUGGGGCACGUGAGGAGGUGGCCCUGCUAGCCACAGUCACCCUCUUAGGAGUCCUGCUACAAGCCUACUUCUCCUGGCAGGUGAUCACAGCAAGGAGGAGAUUCAGGGUGUCACCUCCCGCCACCACAGGCCCCCCCGAGUUUGAGAGAGUCUUCCGAGCUCAGGCCAACUGCACAGAGUACUUUCCCCUCUUCUUGGCAGUCGUCUGGGUCGCUGGAAUCUUCUUCCAUCAAGGUCUAGCAGCUGUCUGUGGCCUCCUCUACCUAGGUGCCCGGUACAGAUACUUCCAUGGCUACGCUGUGUCAGCCCAGGGGAGACUGGGCCCCCUGUACUUCAGCGCUCGUGUCCUCUGGCUGCUGGUGGCUCUGUCUGUACUUGGCCUGGCCUUCCACUUUCUUCCAGCCUCCCUGAAGACCCCUGUCCUGAGGAGUCUGCAGUGGCUGGCUGUGAUGGGGUAGGAAGUGGGGUGGGGCCCAUGAGAGGACAGAGGGCAUGGAUGAAGAAUGCUGGCUUGGGAUAUGCCUAUCCCACCAGGGAUCGGGGGCUUCUGGUGACAGUGGCCCCAUGAUCCCUUGGGAGGGGGGUGUGAUGCAGACUCCCCCCCCAACGUUUGAAACGGAAUUAAACUUUUAUUACAAUUCA